AGUCUCCAUGUAUCAGACUGAUGUUUGGGCUUGUCGCUGAACAGAGCUGAAGUCAAGAAACUCCCACUGUAACAUUUUCUUCAACAACAGAACAGUAACUUUAGCUAUCGCUACCACCUACUCUCACUUGUCACUCCUUACACGAACGUUGUCAGUAUUUACAACUUAUAGAAGCUGCAUUUAAUUUUCAAAUGUUACUUAACUCACUUCUACCUAUUCUAUUAGAUGCUUUUAAUUCAUCGAUUCCUUUACAACAAUAUUCUUAACAAUUGUAAUCUAUUAGUAAAUAUAUAUUUAAGAUUAUCAAUAAUCUCAAUAUAUUCACUUAAGUAAUUACCAUUUUAUGUUUUUGUUACUGUCUGUAUUUCAUCAAUAUUUUAACUGUUCAUCAUCAAUAUGAAGUUAGAUGAUUUACUUACUACCAUUGGGGAAUUUGGCCCUUACCAAAAGAAGAUAAAUGUCCUGGUUUGUAUACCAGCAAUAUCUGCAGCAAUCCAAGUAAUAAUUGUUGUCUUUAUAAUGGCCAUUCCAAAUCACAGAUGCCGUAUUCCGAAUCUAUCCAACGACACCUAUGAUAUUCAGAAUGAUUUUCACCAAUCUCUGAUAAAUAGGACGAUACCAUUUACCGUAAAGGACGGUGUGGAUGUGAUAGACAAAUGCCGCAUUUACUCUCCAUCCCAGAAUAUUUCGUACGAUGAGUACAAUCGCCCGAUAAAUGCCAGCUCAAUGAAAUGUCAGAGCUGGGUUUAUGACAAGUCAGUUUUUGAGAGCACCCUGGUGACUGAGAUGGACCUUGUCUGUGAUAAGCAGUUUGCCUCCACCCACGCGCAGAUGAGUGUGAUGGGGGGCUUCUUGGCAGGAGCAUUCAUCCUGGGGAGUUUAUCCGACAUAAUUGGUCGCCGGAAGAUUUUGCUGAUUUCAUAUCUUUUAAACAUUUGCACCAGUAUUGGCACCACCUGGGUUCCUGAAUUUAUUUCCCUGGCUGUGAUUCGUUUUGCACAAGGUAUAGCAUGUGCCGGAAUAAUUACAACGGCCUUUGUAAUAGGUAUUGAAAUAGUCGGUCCUACAUAUCGGAAAAUCACUGGAAUUCUUUUCGAGUUCUUUUUUGCUUUUGGAUUCGUCCUUCUCGCCGGUUUGGCCUACCUGAUCCGAGACUGGGAGUACUUAGAGUUGGCUGUGUCUCUUCCUUCAAUCACUUACAUAAUUAUUUGGUUAUACAUUCCAGAAUCCCCACGAUGGCUACAGAGUCAGGGAGAACGUGAACGAUUUGAAGAUGUUAUGCGGAAGAUAGCAGAAGGUAACGGCGUCGAAGUGUCACCAAAAUUGUUUGAUUCUUUAGAAUUUCGCGAAAAUGUCAAGUCAGUGCCAUUAUGGAUUAUAUUUACCUCUAAAAAACUAACGAUUCAAAGUCUGAUUAUUUUCCUCAACUGGUUUGUCGUCAGCAUGGUUUAUUAUGGUCUGUCAUUAAAUAGUGUGAACCUUGGUGGAAACAUUUUCCUAAAUUUCUUCUUCAUAGGCCUAGCAGAGUUUCCAGCUUAUUUCCUUUGUAUACUUAUUAUUGAUAAAGUUGGUCGAAAGCCAGUUUACUGUACAUCAAUGAUUCUGGGUGGAAUAUCGUGUGUAUCAUCACUGGUCACCAUGAUGUAUCUUAAGGAAUACAUUGGGUUUACCAUCGCUUUGACAACCUUCGGUAAAUUCAAUUUGGCAGCCUCUUUUGCUGUGAUCUACGUCAUUUCCGGUGAACUUUUUCCAACUGUCAUUCGAAAUGGUGCUGUCGGGACGAGUUCCUGUUUCGCAAGAAUCGGUGGUAUGGUGGCACCAUAUGUUGCAGAAGCAUCAAAUGUCUUAGCAAGUCCCUAUAAUCAAUUAGUUCCUUCGUUGUGCUUUGGUAUAUCAGCCAUCAUUGCCGGAUGUUUUGCUCUCAUUCUGCCGGAAACACUAAACAGGCAUCUUCCCGAUGAUAUUGCAGAAGCAGAAAAUCAAGAAAGUGAAGGAUCGUCUAUCCUUGACAAACGAACGCUGUCACUGUCUGAACAAGGAAACCACGUCCAGUAUACAGAAUUGAAAACCUUUGACAACAAAGUUUGAAUGAUUUCAUCCAUCGAACGAGUGCUAUCUUUUACUUAUUUUACUUUCUAUUAUUACCCUGAAAAUAAAGGGCGAUGAACUGACAGAAUCGUUAGAGCUUCGGACAAAAUACUUUGUGACGUUUGUUCUAGUUCUUUACGUUCUCGCCGAGGUCAGCUUAGCCUUUCAUCUGUCCAUAGUCGAUAGAAAUAAAUUACUAGUUCAGUGGUGGAGUUUAUUUUUAACGACUAUUUAAACGACUAAACGCAAUUUUGCGAUCUUGUGCCUAUAACAGAUAUCAUUAUUACCUUUAAAAUAUAACAGGAAAUAAGAAUAAAAUACAUCGAAAGAACUCUAAAAAUUUAAAUUAUUCUACUGAUCCUCAAAAACAAAAAGAAGAUACUAUUACACUUGUUUCUAGUCCUGUUCUUGUUAUUUUUUAACAAACGAUUCCUUUAGAUAUGUGAUAAAACUAGUUCCCUGUAUAACUCCGAUGAACUCCCACAACACAACAACGCAAAUAAUAAUCAUACUAGCUAGUCUAAAUUUAUUGAAUAAGUUUUAAUAAAAAUAAAUCUUCAUCUUGAUCGUCUAGUUCUUUGAUCAUAUUCUUCAUCAGACCAUUAGUAAACAUUUCCAUCGCUCUUUAACAAAGUGACUUUUACCAAAGUGGCAAAGCAUAAACAUUAGAUUUCAGUAAUCUAAAAGCAAAGCAAAAAUGUAAAGAAAACAUUAUUGAACUUAGAAAUAUUUCUUUCAACAUUAUUUUGUCUUUUAGUAUCCAGUCAUAUACAAUGAACAGUAUUUUUGAGGAAUCUUUGGGGGUGGGGGAGUGGGAUAGAAUCCUAAAAAACUGAUGGCAAUGCUCAUUUUUUUUUUCACUCUUGAAUGACAUAAUCAGCAUUUUUGUUACACUCAUUAUCAUGUUUUCCUUUUAUUUGAUCAAAAACUUUUUUGGUAAUAUUUAUCGCCUUAUUAAAUAAAAAUUAUUUUAUAAAAA